UCUUACAAGAUGGCGGCGUUGUKGUCUGAAAUUCGUACAGGAUUAAACCCGUUAAUCAGGAGAGUGGGUUUGUUAUCUUGGAGAAGUUCAUCUACUGCAACUGGUUCAGGUGAUUCGUCAUCAACCUUUGUAUCUGCUGACGUAGUCAAAGCUAAAGCUAAAGUUUCAGCACCAAAGAAAGAACCAGAGCCAUUUGAUAACAGUACAUACAAAGUAGAGGAGUACUUCUCAUACGAUGAACACUCAUUUUAUGACAUUGAAAUGGAAAUAGAUGGGUCAGGAAAGCGGCAGCGGCAGCCGGAGACAACUGUUCCUUACAAACACACAGAACCAUGGAAAAAAGAAGCCACAAAAUGAACUUGAUUAUUAACUUUUGAAAACUGUACUAUAAUGUGAUUUUGGCAUUAACAAGUUGCAGGUAGAUUUUGCGAUAACACCAUAUUUUAGUGUUUUUUGAACUUCAAGUAAGCAAAAAAAUGUAAGAUCAUAAAAUAUCAAUUUUCUUAUAAUAAGAUAUAUAUAAAAACAGAAAACAAUGCUAUGAUGGUUUUUUUUUCUAGUAUCCAAAAAAUCCACAUUUACUCUGCAACUUGUUAUAAUGCAUAAAACAAUUUUUCCUCUCUGAUAUAAUGGUCAUUUAGUGAAUUUUCUUUUAAUCUACAAUUUGAGAUAUAAUAUGAUGCAGGAUUUUUGUAGUUUGUGAUGGCUUGUAUGAUGGAAGUUGUACUGUCUUGUCAAAUAAGCCAGCUACUUGAGUUUAAAUCACUCUUGUAAUAGACCAUUAACACAGCAAUGACUGCAAGGUUGUUCACAAGAGUGUUUUGAAGAGUGCAUUGGCAAAAAUGCAAUUGUCACAUGAGAAUAUUGUUUUACCAUAAUAAGAAUUGUGGUCGUGCAAACCAGUCUUAAAUUGACUGUAAAAAUACUGUGUUUGUUGGUCUUGUUUUGACCCAAUAAAUAUGAUUAAAUGCA